AUGCACGGAUUCACCCAAACAGCCUUUCUGGGCCUCAUGCGAUUCAUCUUCGAAUUCCGAAUUGCUCAGCUGGUCCCUGUUGGUGGCGAUGCAAAGAUCUCAUACGGAGAUGUCGCAGAGAAGACUUUGGUCCGGGCGGGAGUUUUACGGCAGAUCUUGAGGGCUGCUAUUGCUUUUGGAAUGUUUGAAGAAAAACAACAGGGAUACAUCGCGCAUUCCCCAAUUACUCGUGCCUGGGUCAACUCGGAUCAGAUGUCUGACUGGUUCUCGAUGCUUGAAAUAGGCAGCACUGGCCUUAACAAUCUUGCGCCUGCACUGCGGAAAUGGCCAGAAGCGGACAGUCCAGCGAAAUCGGCAAUCAUGUUCGCUAUAGGCACAGGCGAUGCAGACUUCUACCAAUACUUGGAUCGAUCUCCAUCCAAGGCCAAGCACUUUGCUGCUGUCAUGAGUUUGUACCAGGCCGGCGACGGCUACGACCCUCGGCAUACAGUCAACAACUUCGAUUGGUCGAAGGUCAACCAUCUCGUCGACGUGGGUGGAUCUACAGGCGAGAUUGCCUUUAUGCUCAAAAAACAAUGUCCGGACUUGCAAAUCACUGUUCAAGACCUGCCGAGCACGAUUCAGGCUGUUCGCAAGCAAUCCAACGUUGACCUUCAAGGGGUAAAUUUCAUGGAACAUGAUUUCUUCAAGCCGCAGCCCGUACACAGAGCAGAUGUCUAUAUGCUCAGGUGGAUCCUGCAUAAUUGGUCGGAUGCCAUGGCUACACGCAUACUACAGGCACUAAUCCCGGGCCUAAAGCCUGGAGCCACGGUGUUGAUUGUGGAUGAGAUUAUGCCCGCAAUUGGCACCGUGCCCCCGGAGAUUGAGAGAAACCAGAGGACACUGGAUUUGACAAUGUUGACACUGUUCAAUGCGAAGGUCAGGGAGCUGGAGGACUGGAAGCAGCUCGUUGCCACGGCCGAUUCGCGGUUCCUUAUUUCAAAUAUCACAGAGCCUGAAGGAUCGCGUCUAAGCUUGAUCGAGCUGCAGUGGCAGGGCUGA